AUGCUCGGGGUGAUAAUGCUUUGGAGACCCACCUCUACUUUCCCAUUGGCCUUAUCUUGGUUUGACAUUGUCAGAGACGACACCGCAACCGAAAGGAAUAGCGACAAAUAUGUAGAAGAAUACUAUGAGGACUUGGAAUCGGUAGCGGCAGGUUUGGAGAUCGAGGAUCAGCUUGUUGGCGGGGCGAGUGAGGACAUGGUUGAUGCAGAUGAUACCGUGGCCGUCGAUCUGCAAUGGCACAUGUAUUAUUUUGAGGAUAACACACUUAACGGCUUACACUGCAGCCAUGUUUUCCACGCAGACACCGCAUCCAUAUACGUCGACAUCUCCACUAUCACCUCCGACCUCGACCUGGAAACCCUCGUCUCGCUCCGCCUCAAUCAUCGGACAGAGCAAGCCAGCAGUGAACGAUACAAGGAAAUCAGUACUCCGCAACCGCGACGAGAACUCAACGAUGGCGCCAUGCUGCGCCCGGUGGCUGUCAAUGGAUUGAAGACAGGCGGUGUUAAUGGCGCUCAUUCUUACGCUUCCGACUCCUCUGCCCUUUCUGCGGUCUCCAACCUCGUUCCCAAGAUCUUUGCAACUCAAACAGACGCGAUGAAAGACUCUACGGAAUCUGAAGCCUACUUUUCUACGGCGGUACUACGAAUUUCGCCGAGUAUAGGUUACAAUGGAGUAUACGGCGGCAUCGUUCAGAUGACAUCGAAGAUGGCGGAUAAUGGUACGAACGCGCUCAAUGCCUUCACCAACGUCGCGAUCUCUAUCCUACUUCUCAUGGCCGUCAAUCUCGUCUUGGGCAUCUUUGCGCACAUCCUCUGCCUUGGCGUUGUCUGCAUCACGGUCACCGUCGUGAUCGCCGUGGUCAUGGUCUGGCUUUUUUUGUCUCAGAGAAGUCAAAGUCUCAAGUCAGUGCUGAAGUUGACAGGUGAUGGCGCCAGCAAAAGGAUCGUGACGGAGUCAAUAGUGAAGUGGCUUGUUCCAGGGGAGUGUCCGUUAUUUUCUUGGUGGUGUCUGUACCUCUCAUACGCCUAA